CAAGCUCAAAAAAUACACAAAAACAACAAACACAAAAAACCUCUUUAGACCCCUUGGACAUCUCAGCUACAACACUGAUACAGUGACACUAAGGAUGGAAAGAAAAGUGUUCAUCUGUGCUCUGUGUGUCUGUUUGGUAACACUUCUAUUGCAUGAGGCAUCAUCCAAGGACCAAACCACACCCAAGACUCUUGUAAAUGCAUACACAUUUCUGUCAUACAUACCCUCAAAGGAAGGUCCUGUUAAUGGAAGUAAUUCGGAGCAGAUGACUAACCAAACGAUAAAUGCAAAUACAACCCAAGAAAGUAUUUUGGAAACAACCAUUGCACCGAACCUUGCAGAGAAUGAUGGGAAACAAAAUGACACAUAAGUCUCAGACACAACUCAAGGGUUACAAAACCCUGAAGACAAGUUAUGAUUGAAGACAAGUGAAGACAAGAGAAUUGGAAAACAACCUGUUUAACAGUCAACCCUUGUGAAAUAACACGCUUCAAUGUUGGUUGAACAAAUUACCUUUGUAUUGUACAAUAUACAACAUCACAUGUAAAAGAUGUACCUGUGUAAAUGUACAAGAAAAAAAGAAACCCAACUCAUGACCACUAUGACUGUGCUAUGCUACACGGUGAAUGAUAAAACACUGAGAGUAUAAGCUAAUAUUAUAGUACAGUAUAUCAAAAGUAGAUAAUUGCAUUAGUAAAGUUAAAGGGUUAAAUAACAUUUUUAUUAGCCUAUGUAUGUUUAUCAAAAUUGUAAUUUUCAUUAUUUGGUGAUAAUGUCAAACUAAUUUGAUUAAACUGUCCACUGGGGAAGUUGUUCCUGGGUUAAAACUUAUAAUAAUUACUUUGAAAUCACAUCUCUAACUGGAAUCAUCUCAAACUGUGAUAAUCCGCUGAUUAUUUGUUCUUAAAUAACAUAAUUUAAAAAAAAAACAUGAAGUAACCAGCAAGCCUGCAAAACUACCAAUGUUAAAUGCCAAGAGAAUCUGAUUUAUAAUCUCUUGGGUAGAGGUUUAAACCCUAAGGCUAGAUGUUGUGAAUGGACAAAUCACAAAACCAAUAGUCAGUUGAUAAUUUAGGCCUAUUUCUUCUCACAUUCAUGUGUUUGUAUUUCUUUUCAAAUUACUUCAUAUAUUGUCCAAAAUUAUAUUCCAUAUGUUAGUCAAAAAAGGAUUUGCACCUGUAUGGUCAUGGUUAAGAUGGGAUAACCAGACCAAUCCAGCAGAUAUAUUUCAGGGAUUAUUUUAACAUGCCCCUAAUCUAAUUUGACCUGAGACAGAGGAGACUAACAAUUGCCUGACUAAUCCUUGCUUACAUUUUUUAUAUUUUUAUUGUAUAUGUUUAGAUCGAAACUUUAGAUUCUAUGUAUUGGAGUUCAUUUUAUGCAAGUGUGUGACAAAUCUGCAGUGUCACCCUGGACAUGUUGGUUGACCGUUACAAGAACCGCAGAAAACACAAGACCACAACUUGCCCCUCAGGGCCCGGCCUGUCAUUCAGGCACACACACACAAAGAGAAAAGAGAGAGAGAGAAAGAAAGAGAGAGUGAUGGAAGAACAAGAAGAGGGGGGUCCUGGAGGAGCUAGUGACGUAUUCCCAGGCCCCAGCAUCUCCGCACCUCUCAGCAGCAUGUAAUGAGCUUAACCACACAGCUUCAGUGCAAAGGGGUCAAUCGCUCGGAUUAUCACACUCGACUUUCACAUUAUAUUGCUCUGCACCUCUCUGUUUUUAUGCUCUUUUUUUUUUUUUAUGGAAACCUUUGAACCUUUGUAACCUUGACCUUUUGUAAUCUUUAUUUUCCUUUCUAAGAUUUUUAUUUUUGUAGAUGAAAAUUGAUACAUUAAGCUUUCACAGGUUCAGAGAGGACUGGCAGAUCAGAUAUGGACCAUAGUUUACUCCAGCUAAGGCAAAGGGUGUGUAAGGGUUGUUGAGUUUGGGGGUGGAUGGUAGCUUUUGGAACAGGGAUUCACCCUUGUUACCUUUGAAAACAUAAUCCAAUGCCACUGUGCAACAACAAGGUCGCUGACGAUGGAACUUCAGCACAGCCACUGCAAGAAGGAAAAGCAAUGGUGGACUCCCUCAUCAAGGUGGUGGCAUGUUAUCGGCACUUGGCCUCCUGUGUUGGUGGAUGCACAGACAACUCCAGCCUCCGACGUGAUCUUCGGCAAACACGAGAGCGAGCCCAGAUGCUAGCGCUGUCCUGCAGAAACCACCUGACAGCUCAACUGAGGGAUAAAACAUUACCGGAGGCUGAGAGGAAGGAAACAGAGCUGCUGUGGGUGGCAUUCUCCUCUUGUCUGGAGCUCUUACAUGCAGACAUGUGCAAGGUUUUCACCAUGGUCAAGCACUUUUCUCUGGCCAAUAACAGUGCCAUGGUGCAAACAGGCAUACAGGGGGGGACAACAGAGGUGGCGGCACGGGCCUUGAGCCUCCCUGACCUGCAGGAGGCAGGUGACGGGUCCCAGACAUCCAGCAUGGAGGGUCAGGAGCAGAGUCAGCUGGAGCAAGAGAUCGCACAGGUGGAUCGUACGCUGGAGGACAUGGAGCUGAAGGUCAAUGUGCUGCGCUGGACAGUGGAGGCGCUGGGUCCUCAGUAUGCUGACCCCGUCAGCACCGACAGCGCUUCCCUAGCGCUGCUGUCCAUCGACGAAGAGGCAGCUCAAGGCUUUUGCAGUCGCAGCCAGAUGUUUGCAGUAAUGAUGCUGUGUGGUGUGGUGAUCUUUGCCGUGGUGCUAUCAGUGUGUGUGGUGUUCCUGGUCUGAAGUCUUAUCAUCAAUUGUGUUGUGUAGGCCUUUUCUUUUCCAGAGGUCUCUUUAAUUGUGUUCAGCCAAACAUCAACAGUCUGUGUGUUUAUUAACUAUGUAACAGUUCCUUACUGUUGAUCUCAACAGAGCCUGUGAGUCCUUUUUACACAUCAAAAAACUGCCAUUAACUUUGGGUGUGUGAUCUUUAAUAGCAAAAGAAAGCUUGAUGAAUGAAUCUUGAACUGGAAUGUGAAAUUUGGGCAAGUAGUAAAAUCUGAUUUACUGAUGUACUUUCAAGAUGCUGUAUAAACAUAAGUUGCAUUUACUGCAUCUCAUGUCAUGGGCUGUUCAUAACCCGGUUUUUCAUGUUAUACCUUCAGAUCUCAUCGUUUGUUUUAUUUAUUGACUAUAGCAAAUACAGUAUCAACACUCACACAAGAUUUAAUCCUUAUUGUCUUCUCAAAACACCGCCAACAGAAAUGCAUAGGGCUUUAAUAUGUUAUCCACAUGUUUUUUUUAUCUGUUGUGACUUCUAAUUAUUUAGUUUACGUCAGAUGUUUAGAAACCUGGUACAAUAGCCACAGUUAGUCACAGUUAACUGGUAUUAAUACUCAGUCACUAAUUAUAAAUGAGUAGAGGUUGAUACAACAUAGGUAAGAAAAGGUUUGUAAUUACCUCAAUUUGAAGGUUGCUUUUUCAAAGAGAUUUGAAAAAGAUUAUUUCAAUGGUGUUAUUUUAAAGAGUAUUUUGAGAGGCUGUUGAUAAUCCUUUUGUUUUCCUUC